GGUUCACAUCCGUUGGUAUUUCUCUUCUGGAUUAAAUAAGAACCGUCGGAUCAGAAUCCGUCAUAAAGAAACCGUGAACAAAAUAUUGCCCAACUUUUCCCCACUUAUUUCCCAUUCUGCCACUUUCUUUAAUUUUGCUGUUCUUAGUUUUUAUAUUUAUUUCUUUUUUCAUCUCGGCUACGAGUUUCUGGGUGAUGAUAAUUAAAGCUUUUCUGCUUUAAUGGAAGGACCUUGACACCUUUCUCUCUCUCUCUCUGCUAGUCCUCUUCUAAUUAUUCUCUUCUCUGCGAAUAUCUGACCGUAAUCGAUCGUCUUCUUCGGCGUGAGCUCCGUUUUCAUCAGCGAUUUGUUUUCCUUUUUUUAUUUAGGUAAGCUGCUUUGCAGUGUGGAGAAACCAAAAGAAUCUAAAUGUGUCCAGAAGAGGAGCUACAGAGCAAUGUCUCUGUGGCAAGUUCUUCACCUACUAGCAAUUGCAUCUCGAGGAACACAGCAGGAGGAGGACUUAAGGAGCAUAACUACUUGGGUCUGUCUGAUUGUUCUUCUGUUGGGAGUUCAACUCUCUCGGGCCUCGCAGAAGAUGACAAAGCCACUAUCAGUCUCAAAGCCACAGAACUGACUCUUGGCCUUCCCGGACCACAAUCUCCUGCUAGAGACACAGAUCUCAACUUACUGAGCCCAGCAAAGCUGGAUGAGAAGACCUUCUUUCCUCUGCUUCCUUCGAAAGAUGAGAUAUGCUCCUCCUCUCAAAAGAACAUCGCCUUAGGAAACAAAAGAGGCUUCUCUGACGCAAUGGAUCAGUUCUCUGAAGCCAAGAGUUCAGUGUAUACUGAGAAAAACUGGAUGUUUCCUGAAGUGGCAGCUACCCAAUCUGUAACAAAGAAGGAAGUGCCACAAAACAUACCUAAAGGACAGUCGAUCACUACAAACAAUAGCUCUAGUCCACCUGCAGCCAAGGCACAGAUUGUCGGUUGGCCUCCGGUGAGAUCUUACAGGAAAAACACAUUGGCCACAACCUGUAAGAACAGUGAUGAGGUUGAUGGGAAGCCAGGCUCUGGGGCGCUCUUUGUGAAGGUUAGUAUGGAUGGUGCUCCUUAUCUGAGGAAGGUUGACUUGAGGAGCUACACUAACUACGGGGAGCUUUCUUCAGCCUUGGAGAAAAUGUUCACCACAUUCACUCUUGGUCAAUGUGGAACUAAUGGAGCUACAGGGAAGGAUAUGCUCAGUGAGACCAAGCUCAAGGAUCUUUUGAAUGGAAAAGACUAUGUGCUCACUUAUGAGGAUAAAGAUGGGGACUGGAUGCUUGUUGGAGAUGUUCCAUGGGAGAUGUUUAUUGAUGUCUGCAAGAAGCUGAAGAUAAUGAAAGGCUGUGAUGCCAUUGGGUUGGCUGCAGCUCCGAGAGCAAUGGAAAAAUCGAAGAUGAGAGCUUAAAGACUGGAACAUGACAAAAUCAGCUUUCUAAUUAUACAACAUAUGUGAAAUCCCUUUUGGUGGUGUUUUUAAUUUCAAAACAUCUACAUCUUUAGUUUCUGAGAUUAUUAAGAAUGAAAAGAAAAAAAGAAGACUUCCGUUUGUAAGGAAAAUGAAGAAGAAUUAAGAAUGAUCUAUUUUUGCUCUUGUUGUUGCUGCUUGCUUUAGUCGAACCAGUAAACUGGUCGUGGUUUUUCUUGAGUCUGGUGUAUGUUUUGGUUUGAUUUCGAUGUGGUUGGCUUUUAUUUUUGGAUAUUGAUUGUAAUGUUAUUCUCUCUCUCUCUCUUUCUUCCC